UUUAGUCGUCUGUGAAUAAGUAGUUUCGGUAAAAAACGAAGAUUAACAAUUUUUGCUUUUCAUUUGUUGCUUCUGAAACUGAAUGAGUUAAAAUAAAAUAGAUCAACAAAUUAUAAUAUUCAACAUUUACUUACAAAAUGUUGAACGAAUUGUGCCUAACUCGAAUGCGAUCUUCUUCGAAACCGCUUUUGAGCAAUGUGUCACGCGCACUAAGCGUAAACAUGAAACGUCGACCAUUACAUCAUCGCCUCUUCUGGGGAAUUCUUCCAUAAACGCCCCUUGUUGUAAUUUCGAGUGAGAAACCCCCUUUUCUACAAUAUAUAUAAAAACCUCGAUCGACUUCUCGCAAAAUUUCAGUUCUACACAGUCACACAGUAUAAAAUGAUAACCAAGAUAUGUGCCGCAUUGUUGCUGUUAUUCACUGUUGCAACACUUGUAGUCGGAUAUAGAAAUGAAAAUAACAAACGCGUAAAAUGUGGUGAAAGCUCAUUCUUCAACGCCACAAGACAAGCUUGUCAAGCCUGUGGUAUAUGUGAACCAGGUACAUACAUCAAAAGAACCUGUAGCGGAACUCGAGAUUAUCACUGCAAAAAAUGUGAACCUGGACAUUUUUCAACCAGAUAUACAAGAUUGCCUGGGAAAUGUCGAAUGUGUAGUCGAUGUGGGGAUAGACCUGUUAUAAAACGAUGUACAAAAACAUCAGAUACUGUAUGUGGUGAUUGUCCUUUAGGCACUUUCAUGUCGUUCGGACGAUGCAUUUCUUGUGGAUAUUGCUUUCCAGACUUUGGUAUCGAUAUACCAAGGGAGCCAGCUUGUGGAAAGCCUCAGAUACCAGCUUCACACCGAUGUACCGUGCUCAUAGUAGAUCCAUAUGAUCCACCUUAUUUAGUGUCGAGGGCAGAUGAUGAUGGAAAUCAAUAUUUUGUAUCAUCUGACACUCUUUUGCCAAAAAAAUCUGACACACCUCAUGACAACGCACGAUUGUUGAUCGACGAUAAACAAACAAGUCAAGGAGAAAGACACACGACAACGAUACCAACAACAACAAAACGUGUAAACAUGGUUACGAGCGUAUUGGCGAACAUACCUCGGCACACCGCUAAAGAAAUAUCCAGUAGACUUGUAAAAUAUGGAGAAACUUCUUAUGAAUAUUGGUUGGCUGGUGCCGGAAUCAUAAUCAGUCUAUGCAUUGCUUUAACUCUUGGGUGUAUCAGUGUAAUCUACCGUCGCAGAUUAUCACAAACUGUGACUCAAAAACCUUAUCGCCCGAUUGUGAAAAAUCGACAACAAUACUACGCUCAUUUUGUGGAUGAACAUACAAAACAUAGUUUGAAGUCAGCUCUUUUAGACAAUGCCUAAUAUCAAGCCUCAAUAGAGUUUUUCGUUAAUACUUUCUUGGGAGAAAUUUACUAACAAAGUGACCAUCAAUGAUGGAACCAAAUGGAAUGAAAUUAUUUCAAAUGAGUUCAAUAUAUUUCUGUUCGAAUUGUGCGAAACCUUUUUUUAUAUUUGGGAAGAAUAUAUUUUAAAACGCCUGCUUUCAUAAA